CUCUGCCUUUUCUUCAGAAAUAUUUGUUCGCUAUAACGUAAGUUUUAUAUCUUAUAAUAUAUAAAUUGAGAAUAAAAGUACUAAUAGACAAAUAUAAAAUUCCCAGGUAUCUUAUAACAACUGUCGGAAUAACGGUUUUCUAAUGUCUUUAAUUGUUUAAUUUUGUUCGCUUUGUCAAAGUUAGAUAAGAUACGCAAUGUAGGUUGCCAGUAAUAAAAACUCCAAUAACCACUACAAGAUGAUAAUUUUCUUUCCUAUUAAAAGUACACGAAACUUGACCACAGCGCGAAACGCCUAUAAAUAUAAGCACAUGCACAAAUCACUCGUCACAGGGAGCAACAUUAGAAGAAUAUUGUUUCAACAAUAAAGUGAUUUCAUUUUUCAUCAUGAGCGUCUCAGUAAACACAAUCUCGCUCUGCGGUUUUCUCUUACAAUUGUUCGCUAUUGGGCUUGCCUACAACCCAUUACCGCUCGAAACCAUGGUACGUCCUAUAUAUUGGACGAAGGAAUUGAUCGAAAGAAUACCGUACGACACGGUAUUUUCCGACGAAAUCGGCCCUGGUAUCAGAGGUACUCCGAAGCUGUGGGACGAGUACGCUCGAAUUAAAGCAUCGAAACCAAAUCCACCUUAUUGGAAACAGCCCGGAUUCUACGAGAGUCAAGGGCCGCCGCCAAGCUGGUUCACCGCAACGGCUCCUCCAGGACUAGCUUGGAAUCCACAAAAUAUAUUUUAGAGAGAACGUUUUUGAAAAGUGCGAUUAUUAGAAAACCGAUCGAGUGAUAUACUAUGUAAACUACUUUUAUAAAUAAUCUGCUUCUCGUUUUCGAGAAUUUUUGUUACAGUUGAAUAUUAUUAUUUGUUUAUUACAGCAA